UUAAGACACCUAUUCGCUUCAUUUUUCUCUCUCGCCAAACAGACUUGAGAAAGACCGAGAGAGAGAGAGAGAGAGCUCUGACUUAUCCGCUUUAGGGUUUCCUUCACUUAUCGACUCUCAAUCUCGGAACCCUAAAGCUUCGGAUCAGGUCUGAGCAUUGAAGUUAUUAGGCCGUUCUUUUUAUUCAGCCAAGUUUCAUGUCUGAACUCGAAGUCGACGUCCAAAUUCCCACUGCCUUUGAUCCGUUUGCUGAGGCAAAUGCUGACGACUCUGGUGCUGGGUCAAAAGAGUAUGUGCACAUUCGUAUACAGCAGCGGAAUGGUAGGAAGAGCCUAACAACUGUGCAGGGGUUGAAGAAAGAAUACAGCUACAACAAGAUACUUAAGGACCUUAAGAAGGAGUUUUGCUGUAAUGGUACAGUUGUCCAAGACCCAGAACUAGGACAGGUUAUUCAACUUCAAGGUGAUCAGCGGAAGAAUGUCUCCACCUUCCUUGUCCAGGCUGGCAUUGUGAAAAAAGAACAUAUCAAGAUUCAUGGUUUCUGAGCUGCGUCAAAAGAAAGCUGUGCAUGGUUCAUGCCCUCUCAUAAUUUGGAGCCAGACAUGUUAUCCGGCUUUUAGUAUAAAUCGUGCUAUUAUGUUAUCUUAAGGGUCUACUGUGUUGGCUACUCCCGUGUGUUUGUGGUGUGUUCUAGUUUUCAAGCUUGUGUGUUUGUGUAAUGUGUGAUGAUUAUGAAACACAUUAGUACUACUUGUGUCUUGGUCCUCAAUAACAAUCACUGUCAAAGAUUUGGUGUCU